AGGAUGUCAAAGAGGCAGAGGGUGCUGCGCGCCUGCGAUCAAUGCCGCCGAGGGAAGAUCAGAUGCGACGGAAAGCAGCCCUGUGCUCAUUGUAUUGUCUAUGACUACGAAUGCUCCUAUGACCAGAUAACAAAGCGCAGCCGCAGUGAACCAUCCUACUACGUAAAGGCAUUGGAAGCUCGGCUUCGCAGAGCAGAAGCUGUCGUCAGAAUCGCGGCUCCUAACGUGAAUCUCAGUGAUCCUCGUCUAGACACCGCAGAUACCGCACAAAUUGCGGCCAUAAUAAAUCAAGCAUCUCCUCAAAGUGUCUUGACAUCUCGAUUAACGCCGACCUCGAGUCCGGGCGAAACUAUGCCUAUUGAGGAUUGCAACAAAUCCUUUCUCGAAACAAUGAUGGAAAACUUCGGGUUUCUGGAUCUGGACGACCGAGGGUAUUGGGACUACCAUGGCCAUUCAUCAGGAAGCAUCUUCACACAGCGCUUGCAAAACCAAUUCGGGAACUUGAUCAUUCCUCCUCGCUCUUUGACCGAGUCAAAACCGAGGUCAAAAUCUCAGAAGCAACCUGAGCCUCAGACAAGGAAAACUCAGGACACAAGUAGCAACAGCACCGACAACACUCCGAUUUCUGGCUUGCCUUCACAAGAGAUUGCCCGAAAGCUCAGUCAGACCUGUUUUGACCACGCGUGUGUCCUCAUGCGUUUCGUCCAUGAACCGUCCUUCUGGAAAAGCUUUGAUCGUAUUUAUGCAACCACAUGGGAUCAGUUUGGAGACGAAGAGCGUACACUUCUGCCUCAGUUAUAUAUCGUCUUGGCUGUGGGAUGCCUCUUCUUAGACGAUGUUAAGCCACCAAUAGAAAUUGCUGAUUAUGAGAUUGUCCUCGACCAAGCGUAUCGAUACUUUGAGCUGUGCCAAGAGUUGGUUGAUAUGACAAACUGCCGAGAUCUGCGCGCCGCUCUUCGACUGGGACUUUAUCGUUUUGUAUUCGGCAACUUCAACGCCCUCGAACGCGAACUCAGAAAACGUAUAUUUUGGGCCAUUCGGAACAUGGAUAUAUACGUUAGCACGCUGCUCGGUCUACCCCUGCUUGUGAGCAGUGACGAUAUUGACCAAGAAUAUCCGCUGGAAGUAGAUGAUGAAUACAUCACUCCAGCCGGCAUCUUACCAAUGCCUGUGGGCCGGACGUCGUUAAUGAUGGGUGUAAAUGCCCACACCCGACUAGUAGACAUUAUUGUCAAGGUGUCUCAGGACAUCGACAGGCGAUCCUAUGGAUGCGCGACUGCCUGUAUCAGCGUCUCAAGAAAUAUUAUCCAUAUUACUACGGAGAUGUACAAUAGACGUCUUCUGAAUGGCUCUUCCUGGUUUGCGGUACACAUGAUUUACUAUGCCGUCUUCACAUUGGCCUACUUUUUGCUUGAGAAUCCUGGCCCUCCCGCAACUACAGAUGGCAUUCUUAAAGACACACUGGAAGGAAAGAAUACACUGGCGGGAUUAGCCACUAACAGCAUAGCUGUAGAAAGAUGUGCUUGUCUCUAUUCUCUUAUAGAGCAUCUUCCAGAGAGGCUGAACAAGCGCAAAAGCCCAAUCAUUCAGCCUACGAAUACGAAAAGCUCCACGAUGCUACAGCCAGCCUCCAAUUUUGGAGGAAAGAGCUCAACGUCCAAUGAGACGCCGUGCUCCUCGUCAUCCAAUAAACAGGGUGCUUACGCCUUGAAUGGGUCAAUCAGCUCAGCUUCUGAUACCGCCCCAUCAACAGAAUUGCCUGUAAAUGGACACUAUAUCCCAGCACAGCAACUCAAUCAUAUGCAUGCGGCGCCAGAUCAGAUAUUUCUACGAUUCUCAGCAGAUGACCCGUUCGCUUACCCAAGCCAAUCCCCUUCCUCUCUUGACGACGAAAUGUUUCGAAAUGGGGCAGCAGAAGUGUCAAUACAUCUUCCAAGCGAUCCUACCAUGCAGCUUUAUGCCGCAGUGUCAGAUGAAUAUUCCCUUUCGGAUGACAUGGUCCCGUUUUAUAACUUCCUGGGCCCUCCAUCCGAGACGGUUUAUGCCAAUGCUUCAUACAACCCCUCUAUACAAUGAAUGUGCAAUAUUAGUCUAUCACACGGAGUAUAUUCACAAGAAUACUUGUAGAAUCAGCCAAAAAACUUUCAUGAUUUGUGAUCUUGAGGCAGCAUUUGAUAUAGGGGAGUAGGUAGAACAUCAGAAAUACAUUCAGCCUUUACAUUUCAGCUGAAGCGAACUUGAAGAGUUGGUUAAAAU